GAAAGAUUCAGCUCAACAACUCGCUACGUCCAAGAUGAACCUCAAGUUGAAUAUGACGGAAAAUCGGGCUCGAAUGGCAAAUGCCAAGAUUGAGGUAGUCGAAACUGCAGCGACGGAAACGCCUCAACGGCCUGUUGGGGAGGUAUGGGAGAUUGCUAAAAAUGCAAAACCACCACCGAUGCCCCCUAAGCAAACAGCCCCCUCGGCGACACCCACGAGUUCCAAUGCCACCACAGCGCCAACGAACCAGUCCACGCCAUCCAAACCCGCUCCCCAGGAAGCCAAGCCUACACCACCCACGACCAUCCCCCCCAAACCCGCAGCUCCUUUUAUUCCUCAACCAGCAGUCAUCAACCCAUUCGCCACUGCUGCACAAGAUCAGAUGCCAGCAGCUAAUCCAUUUGCACCAUCCAGUCUACCAACGCCUCAACAGACUGCAUCCACAGGGAUACCACAGCCUACGCAGCCGUCUGUAUCACAGAUUCCUAAAGCGUCUAACCUUCCCCUUCCUGGUGGGGCACGGAAACCAAGCGGCCAACAGAUACCUCGUGGAGGUGCACGUGGUGGAGCAAACCAGUAUCGGGGACGUGGCGGCGGCCAUCAAGGACGUACAAGUCUCAACCCGUCGGUUGACAAUUUUCAGCCCGGCGCAAAACGGCCUAGAGGGGACUCAGAAGUUGGCAACGGAACAAAGAGGCCACGAGGCGGUGGUCCUGCUUCAUAGAACGAUCGCGAACAGCGACUCUAUCCAUACUCAUAGGUUAUGUCAUUAACUCGUUGUACACUAGUUCAUUUGUGGCUUUGUACGGAAACAAAAUAUCCUUUGCUACUUUCAGAGGCGAGGU